AUGAAUUACGAGAGCUCCGAAGAACUGGACUUCGGCUCAGGAAAUUCCGCACUUGAUCCAAACUUGAUUGCUGAACUGCCCAAUGAAUGUAGAGUGGUUUCCGUUGAGCGUCAUGGAGUCAGCUUCUGGGCACACACGGGCAAGAUCGAAACCGAAUUAGUCAAUGGAGACCACGCCAGCUUUUUCGUCAAGGCUCUGUCCGGGGAGACAGGCCAGAGGAUGGUCCACAGCGAGUUCGAGUCCAUGAAAGCCAUUUAUGCCUUGACGCCGGAAUUCGCCCCUAAGCCUAUCGCCUGGGGGGCAUACAAGUCUGAACCGAAUACGUUCUUCUUCCUGUGCGAGUUCCGGGACAUGAUCGAGGAUAUGCCUGACCCCACGGCCUUCGCCUCUCGCCUGGCAAGACUACACCAGACCAGCAAGUCGCCAAACGGCAAGUUCGGAUUCCACAUGACUACCUACAGCGGCAACCAGCCACAGAUGACGGAUUGGGAAGCGAGCUGGGAAGUCUUCUUUGCUAAAAACUUGAAGUUCGCACUUGACCUUGAGGUAGAAGCCAAGGGCCACGACCCUGAGCUUGACGAACUGGUUCCAGUCCUCUUCGACAAAGUGAUACCUCGCCUCCUCCGACCGCUCGAGACUGGCGGAAGAUCGGUGAAACCAUCUCUGGUCCACGGUGAUCUUUGGUACGCGAAUUCAGGGAUCGACAUCGACACAGAUCAGCCCCUUGUCUUCGAUGCGUGCUGCUUCUAUGCACAUAAUGAAUACGAGUUUGGGCAGUGGAUGCCAGUCUGCAACAGGUUCGGAGAAGAGUACCUCGCAGCCUAUCACUCUUUCGUGCAAAUAUCAGCGCCCGAGGAAGACUACAGGGGAAGGCUUGACUUGUACAAAUUACGCUUCAACACCCACGUCUCUGCACUGUUCAAAGAGAAUCAGACGCUAAGAGAGCAAAUGCUUGGAGACAUGAGAGACCUGGCCGACCAGCCCAAGAACAACGCCCCGGUUCCCAGCUCAAACACCCAGAGACCAAAACGCCAGAACACCAAACAUCAGACCGACAAGUGCGCAGCAAAACAUGGCGCCGCGCCUGAUAGCAACCUCCUAACACCUAUUGUAUGA